AUGUCGUAGCAGUACAGUCCAGUAAAAGGAAUAGUGGAGAUAAAUGAAGCCUUACAGAAGUAUUAAGACAGUGUGAUAGUUCGUAAUAUAGACAAGGAAUCACUUCAAACUGUAAAAAGAAGCCAUAAAACUCACAGAUAUGAAGGCCAAAAAGUAAAGUAACUGCCUCCGUUGAUUGGUUAAAGGUCAGAUAAUGCAUACUUAAAAGUUAAAACAAGGGACUUAAAUAUCAAAUCAACACUUGAUAAAUACCCUUAAAAUUAACUGAGAAUUGAAAGUUCAGUGAUAUCAUCGAACAAUCAGAAUCACCCAUCAGGAAGUGUGAAUUACUAAUAGUUGACGACAUAAUCAAAUAUAUCACCAACUAAUACAGGAAAUUACAAAUAGAGACAUAUAAAACUAGAAAUGGAUGUGAAAUUUAAGAAAACUGCAAGGGUUUAUUUGAAUUGUUUUGAUAAAAUACAAAAACCAGGGACUAAUAAUAGUAUGAUUGUCAAACGCAAACAAAAUAAAAACAGCCAUGAAGAGCUACCACCCAUUUAGACAUAGCAAUCUUAAAUUGAUAUACAAGAAUAAUUUCAAUUACCUUAACAAUAGCACCCAUUAUCAUAGCAAAAAACGAUUAGUCAAUAGAAUACCUCUAGAUUUCGUUCAAACAAGCGUAAAUCAGCUGAAGACUAAGGUUAGAGUGCAUUUUAAAUGUAAGAACCAUGUUAUCAAGACAAUAUGAAAAUUUAUACCAGACUUGACACAAUAGAUACUAUUGAUCUAAGAUAAACUCAAUCUAUUGAUGAAUCUAGAGAUGCUUCAAUUGAUUAAAUGCUUGACGAAAUAUCAUACAGCAAGAGAAACUUGGAUAACCAAAGAAGAUCUUAAAGAAGGUAUAAUGAAUCUUAACCUUCAUAGAUUGUUAAGACUUAGGUCAAGCUUUAGAUGCAGGAUAUUCAAAUAACACCUCUAUAGCCUGCACUUUAGCCAGGUUAGCAAACUCUAGGACUAGCAGACUUGAAAAGAUUGAAAUAAUAAGAGCUAAUGUAACUGAUAGAAUCUAUAACUCAUAAUACAUACAAAAGAUCUUAUGAACUCUCUAAUGAUUUUAAUUACACAAACAAGCACGCGAGAAGAUAUAAAAAUAGAAACGACCCGAAGUAAUUACAAUUGAAAUCAGCUGUAGUAACAAAAUAGAAAAAAGAGGAAAGUCGAGAUAGAAGUCCAUAGGUAAUUCUCCAUAAGCGUAAUUAGAGCUAAAAUAUACCUUAAAUCGUAUAAAAACAGCAUAAAUUUAUCCAAAGAAAUAUAGCCUCGAGGAAAGACACAAAUACUAGUCUUGAUUAGCAAGUCACUUUAAUUAACAAGUUUAGUGAAGAAUAAUCCCUUGAAACCCACACUGAAAUUAAUAAUCCAAAAACUGAGAGAGCAACUCUAAGUCUUUCAAUUAACACAAGUAUCAAAAGAAUUCAAAAGCCCUCUAUUUAACCCCAAACUACUGUUAAUAAUACUCAUGGUGUUAAGACGCCUAUUUAAACAAGUACAGGAAUCUCUGAUGAAGUUUCUAAGUAGUUCAAGGAAAGAAUGAAUUUUGACAAGAAUGUGAUGUAGUUUGAAUUUGAAAAAGCUGAAAGAAUGCUCAAGAGAAAAGAUAAAUUGAUUCAAAGAGUUAAGACAAAGUCCAUCUAUGAUGAUAAUAUAUUAAAAAGACCAUAGGUCAAGUUUUCUCUACCUGAAAUAUGA